UGUUGUUUUUGUCGAUGUUUUUGGCUGUCAAAACAUUAUUAUGUUUUGCUGGGGCGAGAAAGAGGGUGAAAAACACUUUGCGGAUGCUUUCUGGAUCCUGUGCGAUGGUGGAAGUGUGGAAAAAGGGAAUGGCACUGUCUUUUGAUAAAAUAUGUCGUGUGUGUCUUGGAGAGACAGCAGACUUGCUCUCAAUCUACUCGAGAUACUGCAUAACAUCAAUUUCCCUGGAGAAUUCCACCGCUACAGAAGAAACCCCUACAAUACUGGAGAUGUUGAGUUCUCUCGUGACGAUCAAUAAGAAUCUCAAUCUGCCCAGCAAUGUUUGCGUCGGUUGCGUGCACGAACUCUCGAGGGCUUUUUGCUUCAAGGAGAAGUGUGAGAAAAACGAAAUUGCUCUGGUUGCGUGUCUCAAUGAGGCGACGGAGGAGAAGAAGGACAAUGUCUUGAAGCAGGAACUCCACGAGCCGCAGACUCUGGAGGAGCUCAGUGACUACCUGAAAAUCGAACCCACAGUGUAUGACGCCAGCAAAGCGGCCAGUGAAGUGAAUGAGGCGGAAGAGACGAACGACGUGAAGGAGAGCUGUAUUCUGGAAGAGGAGCAGUCGUUUUCGUCAGUGAAGGAGCCUCAAGUGGCGGGAUCGAGUGUGGAUAUCAAGUCUGAGUUCAGCUGCUCAAAGUGUGGCUCUUACUUUGCCAGGAGGAAGUCUCUGAUGAGACACCAGAAGACGAAUAAGUGCCUAGAAAUAUCCUUUCGUUGCAAUAUCUGCAAUCGCGUGUUUGUCCGGAAGCGGAAUCUGGUGCAGCACAUGGGUACACACAGCACAAAAGACAAGCCCUUCAAGUGUCCGGACUGUCCGAAAUUGUUCUCCGUAGAGGAGCAACUCACAGCGCACGCAUCGACGCACAGAGGACUGAAGAAACAUCAGUGUAGAGAGUGUGGAAAAUGUUUCAACAUGAUCUCCUCGCUGAAGGAUCACCUGCGCAUCCACAGCGGCGAGCGGCCCUUUCUGUGCUCCAUUUGCGGCAAGGGCUUCAGCCAGUCGACGAAUCUCAAGCAACACACGAUGAGGCACAACAAGAUGAAGCCCUACAAGUGUGACACUUGCGGGAAGACAUUCGUGAGCAAAGGAGAGCUCGACGCACACAUGAGAAAGCACUCGGGAGAACAUCCAUUUGUUUGUGACACAUGCGGAUCGGGAUUCACGACGUCCAGUUCUCUCGUGAAGCACAAGAGAAUUCACACGGGCGAGCGUCCGUAUGCCUGCGAUUUUUGCCCAAUGCGAUUUACAGCACUGGGAACGCUGAAGAAUCACAGAAGGACUCACACCGGAGAGCGUCCCUAUGAAUGCAAGUUUUGCGAGAGAUCCUUCGCCCAGAAAAGCGACAUGGUUUCACACACAAGAACGCAUACAGGUGAGCGGCCGUAUGUGUGCAGAGUGUGCGGAACAGCCUUCCUGCAGUCCAGCACCCUGAAAACCCACAUGAAGACUCACCAGAAUGCCCAGCAGAAUCUCCCAAGCAACAGUUCAGUAUCUGUGGCCAGCAGCGUUUAAAACCAAUCCAGCCACGAACAAUGUGUGUGUCAUUGUCCUUGAUUUACCUGUGAACUAAUGUAUUUAUAUCUAAUUUUCUAAUUUUAUUCACAAAGUACAAAAUAAUUUAUGAAAAUCA